AUUUUUAAUUAUGUAAUAAGUGGAACCAACAUUAAAGAAUGUUCUAGAGAAUUCCUCUUUGAAAUGGAUAUUUGUUGGAGGUAAAGGAGGUGUAGGUAAAACAACAACAUCUAGUUCAUUAGCAACAUUAUUUGCUAAAAAUGGAAAGAAAGUUUAAAUUAUUAAUUAAAAAUAUAUAGACAAUAAUAAUAUCAACUGAUCCUGCUCAUAAUUUAAGUGAUUGUUUUGAUUAAAAAAUUGGAAGUCAACCUACUUAAAUUAAAGGAAUAGAAAAUUUAAGUGCUAUGGAAAUAGAUCCUACUGUUGAUCCAGAUAAAUUAAAAUUACCAACUCUAUAAGGAUUUAUGAAUGAUUAAGCUACAAAAUCAUUAUUAUCUGAAUUAAUUAGUUCAGUACCAGGUAUUGAUGAAGCUAUGAGUUUUGCUGAAUUAAUGAAGUAAUCUAUUCUAAUAUUAUAUUAAAGUUCUGUUGAUGAAAUGAAAUAUGAUUUAAUUAUUUUUGAUACAGCACCAACUGGACAUACUUUGAGAUUACUUAAUUUUCCAAAUAUUAUGGAAAAAGGAUUAAAUAAAUUGGUUUAGCUUAGAUAUAAUUUCUAAAAUCUUGCUUCAUAAUUCCAAGGACUUUUUGGAUCAUAAGAAGAAUUUGAUUAAUAAAUGAAUCAAAUGUUUAGUAAAAUUGAAACCAUGAAAGAAACAGUUACAAAAGUUAAUGCAUAAAUGAAAGAUAAAGUAUAUUCUUUAUCUAUAUUUCAGACUAAAACUACAUUCAUUGGUGUUUGUAUUCCAGAAUUCUUAUCUAUGUAUGAAACUGAAAGACUUGUUCAAGAACUUACCAAAUUCAAAAUUGAUAUUCAUAACAUAGUUAUAAAUCAAGUACUCUUUCCAGGUAUUAUAUUAUUAUUAUUAACUUUUAGAGGAUUAAUGUAAAAUGUGUAAUGCCAGAGCUAAAAUGUAAAAGAAAUAUUUAGAUCAAAUGCUUGAUUUAUAUGAUGAUUUCCAUGUUGUUAUUAUGCCACUCUAAGAAAAUGAAGUCAGAGGAGUUGAUGGUCUCAAAUAAUUUUGUGAACUCCUAUUAAAACCCAAAACAGUACCAUCAUUUUGAUUUAAGGGUUAUUUUAUUAUAUAUAUAAUAAUUAUCAAUGCAA